AAGUGAAGGCUAGUUCAGUAGCAAGCUGCGGGAUGUACAUGUAAGAGGCUGUGGAACUAUGCUUGGAUAAAAUGCGCUGCAAGAGGAACUACGAGGUGAUUAUACGCAGGUGUAAACAGAUACCUUCGUAUGUGCUGAGUGUGGAUUUGUAAGAUAAGCAGUGGAUGUCACGUGGAGCAGACAUGACGUGGAAAACAGGCCAUAUUGGAAUGUCAUCCCUCUGCCAACUUCUCCUCGUCCUUCUGCUGGUGAUGCUGACAUCGGCUUCACGUCACGGUAACUGUGGCAACAGCUGGUGCAGCUGUAACAAUAUCACCAAACAAGCAACAUGCAAAGGUCACGGAAGGAAACUUACAUAUAUUCCAAGGCUACCACAGUUCAUAACUGACCUGGAUUUCUCUAGCAACUUUCUUCCAAACAUUUCCUCAAAAACCUUCAAAAACAUUCAAUCACUCAAGUUAAAAAGGUUAAGCUUGACAUCAAACAGGAUAACAAGAAUGUCCGCCGACUCAUUUAUUCAUCUAACUACAUUAACAGAGUUGAGUCUUGAUGGAAACAAUUUCUCAGGAAGGUGUUUAGCAGAAACAUUCCCAACUUUGAGCCAUCUUCCUCUUGCAAAAUUAUCACUAUGUAGACUAAAGUUGAAUGAUUCACGCAUCUUUCAGCGGUUAUACAGCCGUACAAUGAAGUAUCUGGACCUAGACAGAAACGAGUUUGAAAGUUAUAAUCAGUCUGACUUUAGCGGCCUCUUCAACAUCCAGAAUUUAUCACUGGCUUAUAACUCCAUCCGUGAAGUAACUCUGGCGUACGCCCCAUCCUUACUCAACUUGAAUCUCAAAGACAACUAUAUUUCCACGUUUCCCAAUUUUUGUUGGACGAAUGGGUCCUAUUUCCCGGGCCUUAAAUCACUGAAGCUGGACCAUAAUGACUUAUACACGCCAAUUGAGGGUCGUUACAUUCAGUGCUUAAAGAAUUUGUCAGUCUUCACCAUUAACAGCAAUGCUCAUAUUCCGGAGAUAAAGUCAAAUUCAUUCUCGGAAAUGCCCUCGCUAACUAACGUAAUCCUCAAGAAUGUAGGAGGUGGCUCCCUUUAUAUAGACCAGUAUGCUUUCAACAACAGUAAAAUAGAAUACAUAUCUUUGGAAUCAAGUGGUCUAAACUUCAAGACUUAUGUGCACAAAGACGCAUUCAAAGGAUGCUCCAAUCUACAGUCAGUUGAUGUUUCUUAUAAUAAACUCUCACACACAUCCGACCAGGACCUAACUGACUGGUUUGGACACUUAAAAUCAUUAACAGGAAUUGGUCUUGGGAACUGUGGAUUGUUAUCGUUUCCAAACUUUAUUUCAGUUUCCUUGCACAACUUGCAAUACCUGAAACUGUAUGGGAAUGGCAUUGACGAGUUACCCGUUGGUUGCCUGACACCUUUGAAGAAUCUUACCCAUCUCUGGCUAGCGAGUAACCGAUUAGCCAGAAUAGAUGAACGCGUGUUCACCUCCGAAGUCCAACAAAAGCUUGAGAUUGCUGAUUUUAUGCACAACCCUUUUGCAUGUAACUGUGAACUCCUCUGGUUCCUGAACUGGAUAAAGUCGGACCGUAAGAAGUUCAAAGACUAUCCGGAGAACUACGUGUGUUCCAGUCCUGGGGAAAUGAGAGGCAGAGUACUCUCCAAAGUAAAUAUGCCUGAACAGUCUUGCCUCCUCCCUUUCCCUGCUAUCUUUGUCCUAAUUGGUGUGUGUGGGAUAUGCUUCUUUGUCCUCAUCUCGGGGUCUGUUGCAUACAGGUAUCGAUGGCACAUUCAAUUUUUUAUGUACCAGAGAAGAUACCAGAGGGGGGAAUUCCAGCGACUUGACAACGUAGAGAUUAUAUAUGAUGCUUAUGUAAUAUAUAGUUUGGAGGACAUCAGAUGGAUAAAGAACGAACUCAUUCCAAAAGCCGAGGAAACUCAUGGAUCCAGACUGUACAUUCGUGACCGAGACUCUUUGGCUGGUCUCCCAAUUGUCGAUAACGUUGUUAAUAAUCUGAAUGUAAGUAAAACCAUCCUGAUUCUUCUGUCUAAUGCCAUGGCCCGAGAUGAGCAGUGUCAGUUCGAGCUGAUGUUUGUCCAGAGACACCUGGAAGGGGAGAGGAAUCCCAUCAUUCUGGUGCUGCUGGAGGAGGUUCAGGUGGCCCACCUGACUCAGUCAGUGUACGCCCUGGUCAGAAUGCAUCCCUUUAUCCCCUGGGGAGACGAGGAGGAUGCCAGAAGAUUCUUUUGGGAACGCUUAUUUUUAUCACUUAAUCCUGAGCGCAGAGUUAGGCCAGAUCUUGCUUAAUUUGUUGACUUUGACACAUUUGAUGUGACGCAGCUUCUUAUAAAACCUUUAAAUUUCACAAUGCUUUUAGUUAUCGAUUCGCCAAUUAUACAAUGUACCUUGUAUUAUUUGAAAGCGUGACUUUCAGAAUCCAUCCCAUAGAAGCUAAGUGUCCUUUGAAACCUUUCAAGCUUAUAUGUGUUUUAACCAUAUCCUGUACAUAUCUUUACCUCGUCUUCUGGUCCACCUGUACAGGGGCACGACGUCCACAACAUCAUUUCUCUUUGUUGUACUGUUGCAGACUAACUUUAUUAUUUGAAGAAAUGUUUCAACGUUUUGUUUGAUAAAUGUGACCCUUAUCAUGAAAUGCAUCAAGCGUAUUUUGCCUGAUUGUGCCCACUUUGCAACUGCAAGGAAUUCUUUUCAUUGAAGAAAACACCCAAAAGACCUUAAAGCAGGUAUCUGGUCUUUAUGAAAAUAAAAGAAUUGGUCGGUAUCAUAGAUUGCAAAUAUUGAAAUUAUCACCAUGGUUAUUCCACUUUAUGUAUUUGUCUAGAUGCUUGUAAUACUUUGCCAAGCUAUUUUGUCUGCUAUGUAUCUGUUUGCUAUGUACGAAGGAUGUUUAAAAUGUUUCUCGCCA